GAGCGAGUGCUUCAUGGUCGUGCAUGUGGACCAUUUUGUCUUUUGCUGACUGACUGCAUAUCCCCCUGAGAUCAACCAUUUCAUCGUAGUGUGGCGGGACGGAUAGAGACCAAAGACCGCACCCUCAGCCCGUGAGCCUGCUCUCUGGCGCCAUCCUCCAUGGUAUGGCCGGUCGCAAACAAGCUAUGCGCCCGAUCAUGCCGUGAAAGACGACCUCACAGAGUAGGAUGCUGAGAGGCGUGGCAAUGCAGACACACGUGAGUCAGCCCAAUCCUGAACUAUACACGUCGCCCACUUCAUUCACAUCAGGACAUCCUGCCUGCCUCCGCUAUCCAAGAAGCGACAACCAGGCCUGCCUGGCCAGAUAGAGCCUUACUUACAUGCACACCGAAAAACCCAUCAAUGCUGUUUGUUCUGGUCCCAUCCAGUACGCUAGCUCCGUACUGUACACGUCGUAGGCAGGCCAUCCACCACCACAUGUUGACUUGACCUUUUCGUUCGGCGGUCCAUUGGCUGCAGGCAGCUACAGGUCUGAUGUGUCCCGCCUCUUGGAUGGAGGGACCUGAGGGAGGGAACAGGAGCAGGACCAAGGUGACAGACAUUCUUCUCGGUGUGUGGUGCGUGUGGCAUGAUCUUACAUAGAAGAGGCGCUUGGCUUCGUCGACCACGCACUUGAAGCUCACGGGCUCCGUCUCGGCGAGGGUGCACAGCGUCUUCCUGCACCCAUCCCAUCACACAGCACAACGGCCGACCGUGCUCACGCACAUGAUCUGCCUGCCCCUGUCUGCCUUUCGUGCACCCCUCCCUGUUGACGUACCUGUCCAGAUGUAUGUUGCCCCUCUGCAGGGCGCACUGCAGCCAGGCGUAGGGCAUGUUGUACUCCCUGCUGGCAGAGUUGAUGCGGGAGAUCCAGUGCCGCCUGAACAGCCUCGAACGGUCGUGACGCGCAAGGUAGCUCUUGAACAAGGCGUGCUCCACCUUACGCGCCGCCAGCUUGAGGCACCCUUUGCUGCGGCCAUAGAAGCCGCGUGCUAUCUGAAAGAUGACCUCGCGAGGGAUGCGCCCACCGCUCCCGAGGCAGACUGGCGAUAACGAGAUCAUCUGAGGGGCUGCGUGGCCGGCUUGAUUGGUCUUGCGGUCGUUCG